AUGACACCCAAAGUCCUCGUCGUCCUCACCUCAGAAGACAAGCUCGGCACCACCGGCAAGCCAAACGGCUGGUUUCUAUCCGAGUUCGCCCAUCCCUACGAAGUCCUCCGCGACAAGGUCUCCCUAACGGUCGCCUCACCAAAAGGCGGCGAAGCACCCCUAAGCCCAGCCUCGAUAAAGAUGUGCGAGUCAGACCCGAUAUCGCAGAAGUUCCUGAAAGAACAAAAAGCUCUCUGGACGAACACGGAAAAGCUAGCCGAUGUACUUCCGCGCGCCGGCGAGUUCGAUGCCAUUUUCUACGUCGGCGGUCAUGGACCAAUGUUCGACCUAACCGAAAACCCCACCUCGCUCGCUCUAAUCCAGGCCUUCGCUGCAGCCAAUAAGCCCGUUGCCGCCGUCUGCCACGGCCCCUGCGUCCUGCUAAAUGCCACAGCGCCCUCCGGCGUGCCGCUUAUCUCUGGCGUUGGCGUGACUGGGUUCUCGAAUAACGAGGAGGAUGCGGUGGGUCUGUCGUCUGCUAUGCCGUUUAUGCUGGAGACGGAGCUGGGCCGGGUUACUGGUGGGAAGUAUGUGAAAGCUGCGAAGCCUUGGGAGGAGAUGAUUGUUAUUGGGAAGGCGGCUGGGACGGGGUCGACGAUUAUUACGGGGCAGAAUCCGGCGUCGGCGACGGGGGUUGGGAAGGCGAUUCUGAAGGCUUUGGGGUUGUAG